AUGUUCGCCGAGAAUCACGUUGUCCCCUUGUGGCAAGAAGUCGAAUUCGAGGACAUCACUUUUACCGUUUCGCCAUUCGUAUCCUAUAGCAUGCGUGAAUGCUACGGAUUCUGGGCGAAAAACUCCGUCGGCGACAUAGUUGAUAUGAUCCUGCAAGCAUUGGAGGCAAUUGCUUUUGUUCAUGACCUCGGGAUAGCUCACAGAGACCUGUGCAAAGCGAACUACCUCAUCCAAUGGCAUCCCGAGUCUCUGGUGGCAAUGCGGGUGCCUCUGUCUCGCCCGCGCGCUCUCCUGACCGAUUUUGAGACGGCCCACGAGUUCCCUUCGGACCUUCCGCCUGAACAGCGCUUGCUGAGUGGACUGCCAUUGGUCGGCUAUACACGCCCAGUUCCGCCGGAGAUGACUUGUGGGAAGCCAUACGACCCGUUCAAGGCAGAUAUAUGGCAGUUGGCGGAGAGCUUUUCUGAUUUCCGGGCAACUAUUCCUGAGAUCGAUACCAUCCUUGAACAGAUGCUCGAAUCGGAUGUCUCUCUGAGAUUGUCUGCAGUAGAUGCUCGUGAUAAACUAGCUGCAAUCGUUCAUAGUAUCCCUCCCAACGCUCUUUUGAUCCCUCCGUUGCUGUUGACGCCUCCGAUCCUUGAAUCCUGA